AUGGAUUACAGAAAGACAGUGCAUGUUCCUCAGCUUAGCAACGAAAUGCAGCUGAAUGUCAUGAACUGGGUGAAAUCAGGCCAAAUGAGUAUCGAUGAAGCUCUGAUGCGGGCUAACAAUGACAUGUUACACAAGCAGAGGAACUUUGAGCCGGAGGAAAAACAGUCACAGUACAACUUCAGUGUCCGCAAGUUCAACCGCUAUAUAUGGCAGAAACGCGUGCUGCAGAUUGAUUUCAGCACAAGCUUUUUGUGCAGCAUCGAGAAAGGCAUUGUAAAACGGCAGCUCUGUUUUUCUGAGGUGAAAAACUGCCACGAUGCACCAGGUACCAGGUUCUCCAUUUCGUUUAGAGAUCGGUCGGACUAUGAGCUGGAAGCUGCGUCCUUAGAGGACAAGCAGCAGAUCAUGCAGCUGAUAAAUCAGAUCAUCUACAGUAAUAUAUACAGCCCUCUUGUGAACGGGUCUGUGGAAACCCGUUCUUUACCUUUGCCUCCAACUCCAGACAACCUCAAAGAGGGUCAGAUUUUACUGCAGAGAGGAGGACUGGCAUCAUUCAAAUGGAAGAAAUACGAGGCUCAUCUUCAGACUGGUCAGCUGACCUUGCUCCCCAUCACUCAAGAGUCUGCCGGCUGUGAUGCAGGCUCGUCCGUUUCCUCUGACGAGUUUGUCUGGAGUCUCUCGGACAUUUACGCCAGUGUGGAUGAUGUCAGGUGUGCUGGGGGUGACGGGACAGCUCUUGUCAUCCAUCUUUCAGACGGUAAUGUCAGGGUGGACGUCCCCUGCAACACCGACACCUUCACGCUCCGCAACGACAAGAAUAACUUUGUGUUCCGAAUACCAAAAAGUGACCACAUGACCCCAGAGGCCACAACAAAUGAGCGAGAUGCCUGGGUGAAUGCGAUCAAACAGCUGUGUGUGGACUGGAAACAAAAGUCAGAGCUUGAACACUUCUAUGAAGCCCCUGAGAAACGUCUCACUGAUGUUACAGAGACAGAGAGUAAGACAAAGAACAGCCACGUGGCGCUCGCACCUCCACCGGUGCCACGUUCAGUGAGACCACGCCUCCCCAGAACCUUCCCGAAUGUUCCUGUAGCUUCUCCAGCAGCACCAGAGCCAGAAACUGCUUCCCUGGACGCAUCAGAAGCAGAACCGAAGCCAACGCUUACAGCACAGAGCAGAGCUGUGCCCCAGCCUGACUGGACGCCCUCAGCAGUGGACAUGUGCUUAUCCCCGGCUCCGUUUGUUUCGCCCCCGUCGUUGCCUGUCCCAUCAGCAGUGCCAGGUCCUGUCCCUCCUGCCCCCUUACCCCCUCCGCUGCCCACCAAAUCCAAACAGCGAUUGGAUUCAGAGAGGACGAAAGCUUUUCACUGGGACCUGGUGGCUCAGGACAAGAUUGAGAAGUCAAUGUGGUCUCGCAGGAACCCCAGGAAGAUUGAAAUUGACACGACACGCUUGUUUGAGCUGUUUGGAGUGAGAGAGACAGGCUGCAUCAGCACAUCAGACUCCAUCAGUACGAUGGAAAUCAUGUUGAAUUCAAAGAUCGCUCACAACUUCAAUAUUUUCCUCAAAAGUUUCCCCGUGCAUCCAAAAGAGCUCAAGGACAAAUUGUUGAUAAUAAAUGAAGAGGAAGGGGGUCUCUCUGAUGAGCAUAUUGCCUCUCUGAGGAGAUACGUGCCCACACCAGAUGACAUCGAGAUGUAUAAAUCACAUAAAGGAGAGCCGAGUGAACUGCAUGUGGUGGACCAGUACAUGAUGGAGAUGUGCAACAUCCCGAACCUCAGCGCCCGUCUGGACCUGCUGCUCACGAUGCGAGAGCUGCCCAUCUGUAUGGAGGACCUCACGCCGCUGAUUAUCCAGAAGAUCCGCAUGUGCCAGCAGCUGUGGGCUUGUGACUCAUUUGUCAGCGUGCUGGAGUACCUUCUGGCCGUGGGCAAUUACCUCAACCAGAACGCAGGCAAGGACAGGGCCAAGGGAUUUCGCCUCUCAUCCUUAACUAAGCUUUCUCAGCUGCGCGGGAACAGUCAGAAUUUCACCUUGCUGCAUGCCCUUGUGGAGCAGAUCAUGUUGCGAGAACCACGUUUGGCCACCUUUUUCCUGGAGCUUGCAGAAUUUGAGACUGUUCCUGGAGCUUCGGUUAAAGGUCUGACAGCAGAGGUGGACGUCUGGAUGGAGAGAAAUAGGGAUAAAUCAAAAGCCUCAGAGGCUGAUAGCGCUAAGAAUUCCAGUGCUACUUCUCCAAAAAUGGGAAAAGAAGGAGAAAGCGCAGCCGUAACACCUCUUCCUUUUUCUCCGGCUCUAGACGACCAUUGA